AUGAGCUGGAGAAUUGGGAUUCUCUGGAUCUGCUAUCUGGGCAGUCAUUACACUGGGUGCGGCACUGAGACUCCGCUGGAAAGCCUUCCUCUCACUGAGACAGUGGGAGAGCGCCCGACACCGGCGCGUACGGCGGAAACGGACAACUGCCCGGACAGUCCUGCGAGGAUUCGUCUCGGGAACGUACAGGCCUGGACAGAUCGCUCUGGUCCAGGCUUGCCAAGUGCUCGAGACCCACCACAGCCGCAGCGGCCUGCCACAGCGUGCAAGGGCCCUACUGGCAACAAUGGCCAACAACGGCGCGUGGCGAUGUACUACCUGCAGACAAGCAGUCAAGGCAUCUUUCGCGUACUGCCCUGGAUGUGGGCAGCACUGGCAGCGUGUGGCAGAGAGUUACCAUGCGCAGAGUUCACAGGCGCCGUGGCCGGGUGCAGAGGACUGGCGACCCCAGUCCCCACGCCGGCGCUCCAAUGCCCCCAAAUCACCGCGUCGACGAGGUGGGGGAGCUCAUCAACAGCCGGGACAGCCCAAGGGUGCCGGCAAAGGACAGCCUUCUGGUGCAAAAGGCGGCCCCUCCAAGGGUGCCGACGCAACCACGAGAGAUCUGCCGACAGCGCCAGCGGCGCUGCCUGUGAACAUGCCCAAGGAGGCACCCGCAACAGCUGGGCCCUCUACGCCAGCGGCCGUGGAAGUUGGGCCACAGGCACAGCUAUUGCAGAACCUUCGGGGGCUUUGAACCAGUCGCGACACGACCUUCCACAAGCUGUACUCGAGCUACUGGAUGCACAAACCAGCCUGGACCACAAAGCGGAGAGCAGAGUCCUGCACAAGCUUGUGAGUUCGCAGGCGAAUGCCAAGACGGAGCUCCAACAGGUGGGCAGGACGAGGCAGGCCUACCUGACUCAGUGGGCCCAGUACAUGCAGCAGCUGGGCGCCACCUGGGAAAAGAGCUUGGCGGAGAAAGAGGCCAUGCUAGCCUCUUUGGACGAAGCGGAGGCCAAAUGGACCGCACAGCUCAACGAGACCACGCAGGAGCUCGCCAAGCAGACCUCGAGCCGUACGGAAGGGACGGUCGAGAUCGGGGAUUCCAGCGACGAGAUGGAAGCCGUGGAUGCCAUGAUCACGGAUGCUGCGCAACUCGAGCUAGAAAGAGCUCGGGCAAGAGAGCUCCUGCGAGCUCAAGAGACGAAGCUAUCCGCGAGCCUAGCGGAGGCGGUCAGAGUGGCGCAGGAGCAGCUGUCCGCCAGCUCCGAGAGGGAGCGCUUGCCAAGACGCAGAUCGAAGACGAAGGAGGAGCCUACGGAGCCGCCGUCCGACACGGCGCACCCUGGGAAGGCGCUGAGACACUCGGUCUGCGGGGAGGAUGACUUUGUCCCCGCUCAGAUGGCAAGUGUCCUUGGACUUCGCCGUGAAUAUGAAGUAGCCGUGGAAGCUCUUGGGUUCGAGCUUACACUUGAAUGCGAUGCACGCAUUCUUGCCCUGACCUAUUCCGGACAAGGUGAGGCCUCAGGACAGGAUGUGAUGCAGAGACGCGAGACCGCAUUUUCGUCAGGCUGUGACCCAGGGCUCGGCGCAGCUGCAGACCGGAGUACUCAGCAUGCGCUCUCGUCCACUUUCCAGAAGACCAGUGGCCACAUGGGUGACGCGGACACUGGUUCUGACGCAGUGGGCGAAGCGCAACGUGCGCCGCUCUCACCUCCGAACCCGGAGGUUGACACUGCCUGCAAGCACUCCCUGUCGCAGCAUGUGCGGGAUGAGCCCAGCACUGCACCUGUCCACCUGCCGAGGCCCACUUUACAUCCACCACAGCGUGUGCCGCCUGUUGCGUGCACCGCAGCCUGCGAAUCUCGCAUGCUGCCUUGCGAGACCAAGGAUCAAGGGACUUCCUUACCGACGGCGGUUCCCAAGGUACUCCCUCCAGGACAGCCCAGCCCUGAGGUGACACCAGGACUUCUUGGAAAAAUGGGCCCCGCUCGACCUUCUGACCUCAGCAAGCUGGGGCUCAACCGGAUCAAUUUCCUCCCAGAGUACCUUGGUCGAUACCCAGUCAACGAAAUACCGGUCGACCAGCUUGGGCUUUUCGCCCUCGAGCCGAGCCCUGCCAGGCGCUUGCUCAAGUACUCUGUCUUUGACAGGCAGCGACACCACUCUCAACGCACUGCGGCUUACGGAUGGUCCCUCAAUGACCUUGUUUCAGAGGCCAUUCGUUCCGCAGACGAGCCGAUCAAGAUUGUUCAGCUGAUCACGAAUCACAUGCCUAACCUAGCGGUGCCGCAGCUGGUGCUUACGCCAGCAGACGCAGCCCCGGGCGAGCUAUGUGUCCCUCUGGACCUUCGGCCCGUCGGGGGUCGACCGUGCACGCUUUUGCUCAGAGGAGGCAUGCAGGCAGGUGAGGUCGUUGAUGCAGCCAUAGGCCGAUGUCCUUGGGGUCCUGCAGCGGCCCAUACUCUGCCAAUUGGGCUAUGGACAGUUACCACCACGCACACAAUUGGCCUUGAGAGAGUCGAGCUCGUCUCUAUGGUGCUUGUGGGGCUAGGCAUCACCAUUAGGCUGCACCCGCAGCCCUUGAGCCAACCCAACGUGGCAAGCUCAAUUGCUGACCUUAUCAUGGCCAUUGCCCGACAAAGGCGACUGCCACAGCGCUCUCGGAUUGUCAUUGCCUCGGCACAGCCUCACCCCAGACAGCUGCAACAUGUUACGAUCGUCUUCACGCUGUUCCCUGAGGACGAUCGAAUCCAUGUAGUCCUUGACCCCUCAGCUGAUGGAUCCAUGGUGGGGUCCGUCUCUCUGGAUGCCCGCUCCAGGCCGGAGGAAUUGGUUGGUGAUGCACAGGCCAGGCAAGGCUACGUUGCAGCAAUCAACGGUGUCACCCAAGCAGCGGUUCGGCGAAACCUUUGCACCGGUGACUACGCACAGGUCAUCCAACGGCCCAAAGAGCAUAGGGUUGCGCCAACCGACUGGCUCUACCAACUGUUGCCCGAUCUGCGCUGCUUUGCCUUCCCCAUUGAGGUCCCGCGCUUGCAGCGAGCCACGGCUGAGCCCCUCAAUCAGCUAGUGCAGACACAGGUCAGGGAUGCGUUCCUGCGAUACCUCCAGACCAGACUUGCGCAGCAGGCGGAUGCAAUGGGACGGCCAGCAGCCGACACGCAACCGGUUUUUGUCCAGGGCCCCAACCAUGCGCCGGCCCUGCUAUAUGUGCCGGGCAGGAUUACCCCCAUCCUCCAGGAGGCUAUGGAGGCGAUGACAGCCACGGGGUUGUUCGCACAUGGCACAACUUUUGCAGAUACCUGCGAGCUCACUCACCAACAUGCGCCUCUGUUCCUGUCGAUCCCACCCGGGACCACCAACUUGGGCCUGGUGCCAGCUCCUACUUUCCAUGGCUGCCGCCUGGAACGCAGCCACAGGCUCUUGACCUCCCAGUCCGGCGGGGCUUUCACCUGGUGUUUCCGCCGCAUGUUCGGCAAGGCUCUGCUCUCCGCCACAAGCGCACUGUGCCAUUGA